AUGAGCACUAUCCUCAACCAGGGUGCUGGAGAAUACCCCAUGACGUUCUGCUACCAGGUGAAUGGGUCUUGCCCCAGGACUGUCCAUCCUCUGGGCAUCCGGUUGACCAUCUACCUGGCCUGUGCAGCAGGCAUAAUUAUUACAGUCCUAGGAAAUUGGUUUUUGGUGUUCACUGUGUCCUACUUCAAAGCACUUCACACUCCCACCAACUUCCUGCUGCUUUCUCUGGCCCUGGCUGACAUGCUUCUGGGUCUGCUGGUACUGCCACUCAGCACCAUCCGCUCAGUGGAGAGCUGCUGGUUCUUUGGCGACUUCCCCUGCCGCCUGCAUACCUACUUGGACACCCUCUUCUGCCUCGUCUCCAUCUUUCAUCUCUGUUUCAUUUCCAUUGACCGCCACUGUGCCAUCUGUGAGCCUCUGCUCUAUCCCUCCAAGUUCACAGUCAGGGUGGCCUUUAGGUACAUCUUAGCAGGGUCGGGGAUGCCGGCAGCUUACACUGCCUUCUUUGUCUACACAGAUGUAGUGGAGCGAGGGCUCAGCCGGUGGCUGGAAGAGAUGCCUUGCGUGGGCAGUUGCCAGCUGCUGUUCAAUAAGUUUUGGGGCUGGUUAAACUUCCCUGUGUUUUUCCCCUGCCUCAUCAUGAUCAGCUUGUAUGUAAAGAUCUUCGUGGUCGCUGCCCGGCAGGCCCAGCAGAUCAGCGCCUUCAACAAAAGCCUGGCUGGGGCUGCCAAACGUGAAAGAAAAGCUGCCAAGACCCUGGGCAUCGCUGUGAGCACAUGCCUCUUGUGCUGGCUUCCCUUCACCGUUGACACGCUGGUGGACAGCCUCCUUAACUUCAUCACACCGCCACUGGUCGACAUCUUCAUCUGGUUGGCUUACCUCAACUCGGCCUGCAACCCCAUCAUCUAUGUCUUUUCCUACCGGUGGUUCAGGAAGGCUCUGAAACUCAUCCUGAGUCAGGAGAUCUUCUCACCUCGGACACCCACUAUUGAUUUGUACCGAGAAUGA